AUGCGGGCGCAGGCGCUGCUCCUGGCCGCGUUGGCCACGCUGGCGGUGGCCCAGGAGUCCCCCAGUACGUCGUGCGCGCGCUGCGACGUGUCGCAGUGCCCGAGCCCCAGAUGCCCGGGCGGCUAUGUCCCGGACCACUGCAAGUGCUGCCUGGUAUGCGCCGCGGGCCUGGGCGAGCCCUGCGGCCGCCCCACGGACUCGCCCUGCGGGGAGAGCCUAGAUUGCUCCCGCGGCGUCUGCCACUGCCGCUGGACGCACCCCGUGUGCGGCUCCGACGGGAACACCUACGCCAACGUGUGCACGCUCAAGGCGGCCAGCCGCCGGGAUCAGCAGCUCGCCGGGACCCGACUGCGCGUGCUGCACAAGGGUGCCUGCCCGUCCGCCAGCACAGGUCUCCACCCGCUGAGCAGCCCGAGAUACAAGUUCAACUUCAUCGCCGACGUGGUGGAGAAGAUUGCACCGGCCGUGGUCCACAUCGAGCUGUUUCUGAGACACCCCCUGUUCAGCCGCAACGUGCCACUGUCCAGUGGCUCGGGCUUCAUCGUGUCCGAGUCCGGCCUGAUCGUGACCAAUGCGCACGUGGUAACCAGCUCUAACGCCGUGUCCGGCCGGCAGCAGCUGAAGGUGCAGCUCCUGGACGGAGACAGCCAAGAGGCGGCCAUCAAGGACAUUGACAGGAAGUCGGACAUUGCCACCAUCAAGAUUCAGCCCAAGAGGCAGCUGCCUGUCUUGCUGCUGGGCAACUCAGCUGACCUGAGGCCCGGCGAGUUCGUGGUGGCCAUAGGCAGUCCCUUCGCGCUGCAGAACACGGUCACCACCGGCAUCAUCAGCUCAGCCCAGCGGGAGGGCAAGGAGCUCGGCCUGCACAACUCGGACAUGGAUUACAUCCAGACCGACGCCAUCAUCAAUUACGGGAACUCCGGGGGGCCGCUGGUGAACCUGGACGGCGAGGUCAUCGGCAUCAACACGCUCAAGGUGGCAGCCGGCAUCUCCUUCGCCAUCCCCUCGGACCGCAUCUCGCGCUUCCUCUCCCAGGUCCAGGACAGGCAGGGGCCCAGCAAAGACUGGAAGAAGCGCUUCAUCGGCGUCCGGAUGCGCACCAUCACUCCCAGCCUGGUGGAGGAGCUGAAGGCCAACAACCCAGACUUCCCAGAGGUCAGCAGUGGGAUUUAUGUCCAAGAGGUGCUGCCAAACUCACCUGCUCACAGAGUCGGCCUCCAAGACGGUGACCUCAUCGUCAAGGUCAAUGGGCGUGCGCUGGGGGACUCGAGCGAGCUGCAGGAGGCGGUGCUGACCGAGUCCCCGCUCCUGCUGGAGGUCCACCGGGGCAACGAUGACCUGCUCUUCAGCAUCGCACCCGAGGUGGUCCCCUGAGGGCUGCCACGCUGGGACCAGGAUGCAUGCCAGACCAAGGACCUCACUGGUCCUCAGCAGACUACUACCACCCCUGAGGCCAGAGGCCAGUCUUGGCUGAGCUCCAAUGUGACCCUCGGGGGCUGGACUCCCUGCCCCGUGCCGUGAGGCCACUCGACAGACAACCCCUGGAGUGACCGACCCAGUGACCUCCUGAGAGGUUCAGCUCUCCUUAUCCCUGCCACACACCUGGUGGCCUCCGCCUGAGAGGCCUGCUGCCCGCACGCCGUCCUGCCCUGGGAGUCCGUACCCCCACUCCCACCCCUCCUGGGCCUGGACCAGCCGGCGCCUCUGUGUGGACCCCACCAUGUGCCAGAAUAGCACCGUGGACACAGGCCAUCCACUUGUCCUGUCCUCAGCACCACUGUCCCAGAUGAGGGGCCUCUGGGGAGGGGGCCCUGCGAGGACAGAGCCAGCUCCCCACCACACACACACACACACUAUGCCGAUGCUUCUCCUGGAGCCCCUCCCCCAGCAAGGGACCUGUGGCCCUCAGGGGUGGUGUGUGUCACAUGUCCUGUGAGCUCCUCUGUAAAGUCACAUUGCCACA